AUGGUGGAUUCCACCACCGGGGAGGCUGACCACGCCUUAUCCUCCUCUCAGCCUAUCCUUAUGGCGUACGAAGAGGAAGCGCCGCGGUGCAAACCGCCAGAGGAGUUACUUGCAGAGCGACUGCAAGCACUUAAGAGGUAUAGGUACCCCAUUCCUGAAGAUCCCGAGAGCGACACCUCUGGCGCUAAGGCUUACCUGGCGGUGUGCGCGGAGCUCGCCAAGGCGACCGGCGUGAAGGGUGCAACAAGUUCCAUCGCGAAAGAUCUGGCGGCUGAGAGCGAGGUGCUAGACUUGUCGUACGCUGGGCUAGGUGUGAAGGGAUGCACAGCGCUGGCUGCCGCCCUUCGCGUCACGUCGGCAGUGCAAUCGCUGAUUCUUGUCGGCAAUUACAUUACUCCGUCCGCGGCGCUGGAGUUAGUGCACGCCAUAAACGAUGCACACAACAUCCAGUCGCUGAACCUGUCAAAGAAUCAGAUGGGCCGCGUGGAGGCGAUGUGGAAGGGUGCACAUAACCUGAACACCUUCUCCGGCGGCGCGGUGGUGAACGUGGCGCUUGCCCCUGGCAGCACACUGCGUUUUUUGGCCCUCUCGGAUAACCAUCUCGGUGACACCGACAUCGCUGCCUUUGCGGACACCCUAGCCGAGAACAUUACUCUGCAGGAGUUGGACUUGAGCUACAACCGUAUCGGCUUUGUCGGGGCGACGGAACUGGCCAAGGUGCUGUCCCGAAACGGCGACCUGCGCGUGCUAAACAUCGAAUGGAACCCACUGCGAGCCGCAGGUGCGCAGUUCCUCUUGUCUGAAGGUCUGCUACAGAACAACACCAUCAAGCAAUGCAACCUGAGUUCUUGUGGGCUGGAUGAUAAGUGUGGGCAACUGGUUGCGCGCGUGAUAUCCGAAAAUGCCAUCGAGGAAGUGAUUAUAGCCAACAACCGUAUCGGCCGCGUGGGUGCUGAGGCCAUCGCCCGCACCCUGCCGUCCACGUCUGCGUUGACCACACUGAUCAUGGAUGGCAACCCCAUUGGUGACACUGGAAGCGCAGCUCUGCUGGAUGUGGCUUUGAGCGGCAGCGUUUCCACGCUUCGGGUGAUAAGUUUGCAACACUGUAGCUGCAACGACCCCGCCAUUCUCCGACGCGGGCAGGAGGCCUCCACAGCAACGCUCACGAUUCGCAUUUCGGAGAGCGUGUAG